GAAAAUCAAACGGACUGCUUCUCACAGGAUCACAGUUCUACUGGUUCACGGACACUUGGAUAAGUUACGGAAAGAAGACAGGUCGAAAUCGUCCAUAAUAAGUCAAUCAGCUCUCUGAGCAUCAUGUCACUCUCCCUGCCAUACGCAUAUAUCACAGCCAGAGAACUAGCAACGAUGAUCAAGGCAAGUCCUUCUGCCGCUCUGAAAGAUUAUGCAGUGGUGGAUGUUAGAGGUGAUGAUUUCGUCGGCGGAAACAUCGUAUCCGCUCUCAACUAUCCCAGCGAGACAUUCCAUGACAACGUAUCUGGUUUAGUGGAGCGGUUAAAGACAGUACCUAAAGUCAUCUUCCACUGCGCUUUGUCCCAAGCUAGAGGACCUAAAGCUGCUCGGAUAUACGCAGAAUCUAGAGCCUCUCUGGUCCCUACUGCUCCUCCCCAACAGAUACUCGUGCUGCGUGAUGGUUUCUCAGGCUUUCAAGCUCUGUAUCGCCAUGACCCCGAUUUGGUGGAAAAGUUCAAUAAGUACUAUCAUGACUGAUAGUCGUAUGCAUGUGGUUCUCCAGUCAUG